AGUGUGAUUGAACUGAACGUCUGUUUGGCUGAUCAUCAUGAACCGUGCUUUUAGCAGGAAGAAAGACAAAACAUGGAUGCAUACGCCUGAAGCUUUAUCAAAACAUUACAUUCCCUAUAAUGCAAAGUUUCUUGGCAGUACGGAAGUGGAGCAGCCUAAAGGAACAGAAGUUGUGAGAGAUGCUGUCAGGAAACUCAAGUUUGCAAGACAUAUCAAGAAAUCUGAAGGCCAGAAAAUUCCUAAAGUUGAGCUGCAAAUAUCAAUAUAUGGAGUAAAAAUUCUAGAACCGAAAACAAAGGAAGUCCAACACAAUUGCCAGCUUCAUAGAAUAUCAUUUUGUGCAGAUGACAAAACUGACAAGAGGAUAUUCACUUUCAUAUGCAAAGAUUCUGAGUCAAAUAAACAUUUGUGCUAUGUAUUUGACAGCGAAAAGUGUGCUGAAGAAAUAACUUUAACAAUUGGCCAAGCAUUUGACCUGGCAUACAGGAAAUUUCUAGAAUCUGGAGGAAAAGAUGUUGAAACAAGGAAACAGAUUGCAGGAUUACAGAAAAGAAUUCAAGACUUAGAAACCGAAAAUAUGGAACUUAAAAACAAAGUACAAGAUUUGGAAAGCCAGUUAAGAAUAACCCAAGUAUCAACAUCUCCAGCGGGCAGUGUGACACCUAAGUCACCCUCCACUGACAUCUUUGAUAUGAUACCAUUUUCUCCGAUAUCACACCCAGCUUCGAUGCCUACUCGCAAUGGCACACAGCCACCUCCAAUACCUAGUAGAUCUACUGAGAUUAAACGAGACCUGUUUGGAGCAGAACCUUUUGACCCAUUUAACUGUGGCGCAGGGGAUUUUCCUCCAGAUAUUCAAUCAAAAUUAGAUGAAAUGCAGGAGGGGUUCAAAAUGGGACUAACUCUUGAAGGCACAGUAUUUUGUCUCGACCCAUUAGACAGCAGGUGCUGAUGUCAAGAACAAGAGAUCCAGAUUUGUGUUAAAUUUGUUGUAUAUGCAUAUACAUCACUCCUUAUUACGUUAUGACAGGUAGUAUAUGUGUG